CCGCAUUCUGCCUUAAUCUCGCCAUGGACUUUACUCUUUUUCUGUUUGUAUCUGUAUCUAUCCCACCUCUACCCCAAGCAACGGUCUCAACACGCAAAAUUUAACGACUGGGUCGACUUCGUUCAAGAUUGUUGAACAAAAUUGAAUCAAUCAUUCAUCUCUAAUUCACGAACUCUCCAUGACUCGACAACUAUUUAUGACCUUCAUACAAUUUGCGUUCGCAUUCGUCGUCGCCCAGCUCUUAUUCUUGGACAUCAGUGCUACGAACAGCUCAUCUGUAAGUGAGGCCGAGAUCCAAAUUCUAAACUGCGCUUUACACAUUGAGCACCUUGAGGAUGCCUUGUACAUUGAAGGACUAUCUCGCUUUUCCGUGCAAGACUUUGUUAAUAAUGGCCUGGAGCCUUGGAUGUACGGUCGUUUACAAGAAAUUCUCGAGCAUGAAGAAGCCCAUGUGGAGUUUUUGAAAAGCGUGGUGAGCGAGGCCGGUGGGAAACCAGUCGAGCGUUGUGUAUACGACUUCUCGUAUAGCGAUCCAAAAUCGUUCGUAGAACUGGCAUCAAAACUCGAAACCAUCGGGACUGCGGCUUAUCAUGGCGCUUCUGCAAUGCUUACGGACGAGCGAUACAUCUCUGCAAGUGGAGCUAUGUUCGCAAUUGAAGCUCGCCAUUCGGGUUGGAUUGAUUCCUCUGUACGAAAAGUGUCUGCCUGGAGCGGAGCUUUCGGAGUACCCCUCAACUGCGGCCAAGUGCUUACCCUCGUCUCACCCUUCAUCGAAUCUUGUCCAUUUCAAAAUUCCGAGAACUCUCUCCUGCCCGAGCCGUACCCUCCUCUCACCAUCUCCAACAGCGCACAUCCGAAUGAAAUCGCAUUGUUGACAUUUGCAUACCCAGAAAAUUAUACCUCCGAGGCAACCUCCGCCUCGUUGUCCGCUAACUUUCUCACUUCUAACGCCGGCAUGCUGUUUGCUCCAGUGAUUGUGCAGGAGGGCCAAGGACCUGCUCGGGUUAAGAUUCCAGAGAAUGUCCGUGGAGAUGUUUUCGUGGUCAUCACUACCACCGAUGCUGACCAUGGCACGGACAAAGCAAUUGUUGCAGGGCCUGCUCUGAUCAGGUUUGGUUUCGAUGCGGAAGGUAGAUUGGGAUGAGGACUGGCCCUGGCCAUGUAUCAUUGCAAUCAUUUUUGUAUCUGAAUCGCCAACUAUAACUAGCUCUUCACGCGAAUGUAACACU